AUGAAUAAAACAAUAUCUGUUCAUACUCAUAGCCUUGCUCUGUCCUCUACAGAAUCCCGACAUCCUACCACGGUAUUAUCGGGUUUCAAGCAACAUCUCAAAGCCAUUAAGCGUAAAUGGGGACCUCUUAUGGCAGCUAAGGAGCAUUUGGACGACGAAUACAACUUUCCUCCUGGCAGAUAUGCCGGCCAGGACGACUCGAAGAAAUCCAUGUGGUAA